AAACUGAUUACUCAAAAGUAAAGAUUGGUCAAAUUAUCAAGGGUGGGUGUGUGGAUGUGGAUUGUGGAUUGUGGCUUGUGCGGCAACUUCAAUAGGCGUAUAGGACCAUAGUCUACGGUCUACGGAAAUUAGAGAGUACCACCUUCUACCAUACCAGAAAUAGUAGGUUAACUUAAAACAAGCUAAGUUUUAGAGUACAAUUUUUUGGAGCACUUUCCUUUUCUCUAUUUACUAACUCCUCUUUCUCCACCACCAUUGUUCAAUCAUUCAGUUAAUGUAAAAAAGUGGGCACUUGAUAUGAUAUCAUAUACCAUUUUCUCUCUCCUUCACUAAGAGAUCUACAUACGAAACUUUUCGGAAAAUCAACUUAAAAACCCUAGUUAGCUGAUUUUCGAAUUGUACUCAGCUGAGAAAAAUGAGCUCUUUUAUGGAGUAAGUCUUGUUGCAGUGUAUAGAGUUGCUUAAGCAGGUGAAAAGCUCCAAAUCAUUGAUUUUAAUUUUCUAUUUGUGGGUGUGAGUGGAAGAUCUGUGGCGCAUGAAGCAGAGAAGGGUGGGUUUUUGCAGUGGAACUGGUUUUGGAUGAGCUCUUUUCUUUGCCCUUUUUGGGAAUUUGAGGUGGGUUUGUGUACGUGGGGUGGGGGGUGGUGGAACAAGAGCUAUUGAAGCUUUGUGCCUUCUUUUUUUUUUUUUUUUUUUUCCCUCUCUUGAGGGGUUUGAUUGAUUUAGCAUAAUGAGAUUGUCAUCUUCAGAUUUCACUCAUCAACCUGAGGAAGGUGAAAAGAAAGUUUUGAAUUCUGAAUUGUGGCAUGCAUGUGCUGGUCCUCUAGUCUCCUUGCCCCCAGUGGGAAGCCGUGUUGUAUACUUUCCCCAGGGUCACAGUGAACAGGUUGCCGCUUCAACUAACAAAGAAAUAGAUGCCCAUAUACCUAAUUACCCUAGCUUGCCUCCGCAACUCAUCUGUCAGCUUCAUGAUGUGACUAUGCAUGCAGAUGUAGAGACAGAUGAAGUGUACGCACAAAUGACUUUGCAGCCCUUGACUAUGCAAGAGCAAAAAGAUGUCUGUCUCCUGCCUGCAGAACUGGGCACUGCCAGUAAACAGCCUACUAAUUAUUUCUGUAAAACAUUAACUGCAAGUGACACUAGCACUCAUGGAGGGUUUUCUGUUCCUCGCAGAGCAGCUGAAAAAGUCUUUCCACCUCUUGAUUACACACAGCAACCUCCUGCUCAAGAAUUGAUUGCUAGAGAUCUGCAUGAUAAUGAAUGGAAAUUUAGACAUAUCUUUCGGGGGCAGCCUAAGCGACAUCUUCUUACCACUGGAUGGAGUGUCUUUGUAAGUGCUAAAAGACUAGUUGCUGGGGAUUCUGUCAUCUUUAUCUGGAAUGAAAAGAAUCAGUUACUCCUUGGCAUUCGGCAUGCUAAUCGUCCACAGACUGUGAUGCCUUCAUCAGUAUUAUCGAGUGAUAGUAUGCAUAUAGGGCUUCUUGCCGCAGCUGCUCAUGCUGCUUCUACCAACAGCCGCUUCACAAUAUUUUAUAAUCCCAGGGCUAGUCCUUCUGAAUUUGUGGUUCCAUUGGCAAAGUAUGUUAAAGCUGUUCAUCAUACACGUGUCACUGUUGGCAUGCGAUUUCGGAUGCUGUUCGAAACAGAGGAGUCGAGUGUUCGCAGGUACAUGGGCACAAUAACAGGGAUUAGUGAUUUGGAUCCUGUUCGUUGGCCAACUUCCUAUUGGCGCUCAGUAAAGGUUGGCUGGGAUGAAUCUACUGCUGGGGAAAGGCAGCCUCGUGUCUCAUUAUGGGAGAUUGAACCUUUGACUACGUUUCCGAUGUACCCGUCCCCAUUUCCAUUAAGAUUGAAGCGUCCAUGGCCAUCUGGGCUGCCAUCUUUUCCGGUUUUAAAGGAUGGAGACAUAGGCCUUAACUCUCCAUUUAUGUGGCUACAGAGAGAGAUUGGAGAUCGCUGUAUGUCAUCGUUAAAUUUUCAAGGUUAUGGAUUCAAUCCCUGGAUGCAGCCAAGGCUAGACCCUACAAUGCUGGGUCUACAACCUGAUAUAUUUCAAACAAUGGCGUCUUCUGCUAUACAAGAUCCUCGGGGCUUGGAGAAACGUCCCAACCAAUCUCUUCUGCAGUUCCAGCCAAAUCAGAAUGUGUCUUACCAGCAAUCAUCGCUAACUCAAAAUCAAUUGUUACAGCAAGUUCAGUCACAGCAAACCUUAGCACAGAGCUUUCAAGAAAGCCAAACAGUGACUCAAAAUCAAGUCCACGGUCAGCUCUUGCAGCAGCAAAUGCAAAAUUUCCGUCAAUAUGAUGGUCAGCAGUCGCAACAGCAGCAACUUACUCAAUUUGAACAGCUACACAAUCAAUUUUCCGAUCAACAGCAAAUCCCAAAGGUUAUCAACAAGACUCAUUCUUUUGGGUCAUCCACUCAGUCCUUACCUACAUCCUUGGAAACUAUAUCUUCUGCGUGCCCACAACAACUGUUUUCGAACUCUAUCAUGAAUUCUGUGACUCCAGCUGACAUUUCUCCGAUGCAAAGUCUGUUGAAUUCGUUCUCGCAAGAUGGUGGAUCUCGUCAAGUCACUUUACCCGACUCUAAUCCUUUGGUAUCUUCAUCUCCCAUACAUUCAAAGCGAGUUGCGGUUGAGCGUCAGCUUUCUCCCAGUACCGCUUCAUGUCCUCUGCCUCAAGUAGAAGACUUGGGUGGAUCACAAACUAGGCUCUCUGAACUCUCUUCUUUGUUCCCACCUUUGCCCAAUAGGGAGUUCUCAAUAUACCAUGGCAUUGGUGAUUCACAGAACAAUCUGUUAUUUGGAGUGAAUGUUCAGCAGAAUGAGCUGGCAAACCUCAGAAGUAGUAACAAUGAGACUAACUCAUUUUCCAUACCAUUUGCUUGUUCCGAUUUUCCUAGUGCUGCAGGGACUGAAUUUCCACCUGCUUCGGAGAUUAUGACUACUAGCUGUGUUGAUGAAGCAGGAUUCUUGCGGCCAACGGAAAAUGAUGGUCAAGCAAACCUACCUAGUGGAACCUUUGUAAAGGUCCACAAAUCAGGGUCCCUCGGGCGUUCACUGGAUAUAUCCAAAUUUAGCAGCUAUCCGGAGCUGCGCAGUGAACUUGCUCAAAUGUUUGGUCUAGAAGGCCAACUGGAGGACCCCCUGAGAUCAGGCUGGCAGCUUGUAUUUGUUGACCGUGAGGAUGAUGUUCUCCUGCUUGGUGAUGAUCCUUGGCACGAAUUUGUUAACAAUGUGUGGUACAUCAAGAUCCUAUCCCCUCAAGAAGUACAGCAGAUGGGUAAAGAGGGUUGUGAUCUUCGGCAUGCUAUGUCAAGGCCCAAACAUCAAAACAAUUUCAAUAGCUGUGAUGAAUACUCAAUUCAACAGAACUUGAGACAUAAUAGCAAUGGGAUGGCAUCUUUAACCUCUCUUGAUUACUAAUGACAGGAUGCGCCGCCCAAUUGCUGAGGGUGCACCUAUAACAAAAGCACCAAGCUCAGUAGGGUGGGUGGCUUACAAGCAGAGGCCUAAAUUAAUUUGUAUCUUCACCCUUAGCUCUGAACUUCGUGUUUCAUUCUCCAGGCGAGCUUUUAUGAAAUCGAAUUGAACAUUGAGCAGCUAAGUUUAAGGUUAUAGCGCAUAAUGCGAGCAGCAGAACCCUGUAAAUUAAUCUGUGUGGCAUCCCCUGAACUACUGUGGGGUGAGGUCACAUGACUUGACUUCCUAUAAGUAGGGCAAUAUUCUGCAGAUGUAACAACUCGAACAAUUCCAUCAUCAUUGUAUUAUUAUUGUUGUGGCUA